GCAUGCUCUCCACUGGAAGCGCCACUAGCAGUUAAGGUGGGAUUCAGGUCAGCUGACUUCUCUGGCAAAAUUGGUUUCUUGUGUGUGAAUUUUUCCAUAGAAAAAUGUCAGGAAAGGAUCGUCUUGCAAUCUUCCCCUCUCGAGGGGCGCAGAUGUUGAUGAAGGGCCGUCUCGCCGGCGCCCAGAAGGGUCAUGGGCUGCUGAAGAAGAAGGCAGACGCCCUGCAGAUGCGCUUCCGUCAGAUCCUGGGCAAGAUCAUCGAAACCAAGACACUCAUGGGCGAAGUGAUGAAGGAGGCGGCCUUCUCGCUGGCCGAGGCCAAGUUCGCCACGGGCGACUUCAACCAGGUGGUUCUGCAGAAUGUGACCAAGGCACAGAUCAAGAUCCGCACGAAGAAGGACAACGUGGCUGGUGUGACUCUACCUGUGUUCGAGUCGUACCAGGACGGCGCGGACACUUACGAGCUGGCUGGAUUGUCUCGUGGUGGUCAUCAGAUCAGCAAGCUCAAGAAGAACUACCAGAGCGCCGUGAAGCUGCUGGUGGAGUUGGCCUCCCUCCAGACGGCCUUCGUGACCCUCGACGAGGUGAUUAAGAUCACCAACAGGCGCGUGAACGCCAUCGAGCACGUGAUCAUUCCGCGCAUUGAGCGCACCCUCGCCUACAUCAUCUCCGAGCUGGAUGAGUUGGAGCGCGAGGAGUUCUACAGGCUGAAGAAGAUCCAGGACAAGAAGAGGAUCGCCAAGGCCAAGGCAGAGGCCGCCAAGGCUGAGCUUCUCGCUAAGGGCAUCGAUGUUCGCGAUGUGUCCAACUUGCUGGACGAGGGAGAUGAUGAUAUACUCUUCUAAGCGCGCCCGGCAGCAUCUCCCGGCUAUUCCAUUCGACUUGUGUGUAAAUUUUUACUUUGUCUCCUGUGUAAAUAUCGCUUUGGCGGCGCCUGCGAGCAGUAUUCCAAGGGGAGGUGUUCUUUCUUUCGGUCUGUAGUAGAAUCCAAUGUUCGCUGUCUCAAGAGAGUUGCAAUGAGUUGAUUAAUUGGAAAACAAUAAUAAAUGUUAGAGUAUUUA